CCAACGUGUGGGCGGCCAUAUCAUAUAUAAAGCCUCGUAGGUCGGGCGAAAUGUCACGUAAUCGUCAGAAGGCAGCCGUUGAACCUCUGAUCUCCGCAACGCCACGGUUAGUCGACCAAACAAUCGCCAUAUUUACUCACCGAAUCCCCGAGAGAUCCGAGCAAUGCGCGCUUCUUCCUCCUGCGUUUGCGCCCUCCUCGGGCUGUUCCUCAUGGCCAGCGUUUUGGGGGUGGCAGAGGGCCAAGGGCUGGCCGAUCUGUUGGGCGGCUCGACGAGGGACGAAUUGGUCCAGUCACUGACGUCUCAGCUCGUCGGACUGUGGGAGACAGGUGACCUGGAAUUCCUGGACCACGUCUGCAGCUUCCAGGUCAGGCCGAAGUUCAAGAGGUGGCAGCUCUACUUCAGCGGGACAAUGUGGUGCCCCGGUUGGACGCCCAUCAGAGGAACCUCUGAGACUCGGAGCCGUACGUCUGUAGUGAACGAAGCCGUCGCAGACUUCGUCCAGAAGGCGCUGUCGUCUGGACUGGUGACGGAAGAAGAAGCCAGGAACUGGCUCAAUCACCAUUAAAUGGCGCCGCUGGGAGCCUCACCCCUCCCCUCCCCCACCCCCACCCCGGGGGUGUCUUAAAGAUCGUCUUUCGUGAAAAGUGCACAGAAAAAAAUCAGUUCUGGAUGAACCAUUCUAGGCUAAGGGACACGUGUGUGUGUGUUUGUGUUCAUGCGGUGAGGUCCAGACAGAGACUCAUGUCAUUGAAAAUUGUCCACUUUCGUUACAGAUCAGGCAGACGUAUAACGUUACCACAGCUUUAGACUUGCUAGUAACCAGAACCGAUUAUGAUGUAGUAUGUAAAAUUGUACAUAAGCUUCUUUCCUUGUAUUGAAUGUAACACGUUAUUAUAAUGUGUAAAAUGUAAUUACAGGAACUUGUUGAAGGCGUAUGGUUAAAUUGGUUUUGUUUUAGUACAAUAUAUGUGUAAUAGAAAUUCAUUUAGUUUGUAUAAGAGAUUGUACAAAAUCUACUGUACUUAAUUUUGUAAUUUGGACCAAAUACUCUUUUGUAAAAUUCAUAUUAUUUUGUAUUGUGGUCAAUAAAAAUAUCUAUCUAUCUAUCUAUCUAUCUAUGUGUGUGUGUGUGUGUGGUUGGGCGGGGGGUGAAUGAAAUCAUGAGAGUGAUAAUUUUGUACAUUUGUGAACGAGUAAAUCGGGACACCCGGUUAUGAGGGUGUAAUGAUACACAUAUAUUUUUUUAUAAUAAUACAUCAUUUAUGAAAGAGA